UAAAAAAAAAUCCACAUGCACCGAAAUAUAGUGUGUAUGUAUAAAUUAGCAAAAGGAGCCGGACUGGUCAGAGGCGCUUCAGAAUAACACAGCGAACAGGAGCGGGGGCAGAUCGCUCGGGGAGGUGGCGAGGGACACCGAUUAUUUGGCAAGGGCGAAAAAGAAAAUAUUGCAAAGUUUUAUUUGCAGCACAGGGGGGUGUGUGCAAAAAGAAUUAUUUGCGAAGGGGAGAAGAAGCAGCAGCCAACAGCGAAGAAUGUGAAGGAAAAAACCUGAACACACACACACACACACACACACACACGGCGGGACAAGGACUAAGGACUUGAUUCUUUUUGCAUUAUAUUUUAUUUGUUGCAAUGGCGAACCCUGCGGAGGAUUGCAUCGACGCCGACGUGAGGAAGUGCGGGAACCUCCGCAAGUCCAAGAGCCUGCACCGCAGGUACUUCGUGCUGCGGGCGGCCAGCGAGCGCGGCGCUGCCCGGCUCGAGUACUACGAGAGCGAGAAGAAGUUCCGGUGCGGGAGCGCGGGCCCGAAGCGCGCGCUCCCGCUGCACCGCUGCCUGAACGUGAACAAGCGCGCGGACGCGCGCAGCAAGUACCUGCUGGCGCUCUACACCCGCGACGAGUGCCUCUCGGUGGCGGCCGACAGCCCGCAGGAGCAGGACAGCUGGUACCAGGCCAUCGUCGAGCUGCUCGCCCGAAGUAAAGCACAUGUGGAAAAUGGAGACUCCAACUACUCCAUGGCACCAGGCCCAGCUUUCAAGGAGGUCUGGCAGGUCAAUCUUCGCCCCCGGGGCCUGGGCCAGUCACGGAACAUGAGCGGCAUUUACCGGCUGUGCCUGACGGACAAGACCAUCAACCUGGUGAAGCUCAACUCCGACGCCGCGGCGGUGGUCCUGCAGCUGAUGAACAUCCGGCGCUGCGGCCACUCGGACAACUUCUUCUUCGUGGAGGUGGGCCGCUCGGCGGUCACUGGCCCCGGCGAGUUCUGGAUGCAGGUGGAUGACUCGGUGGUCGCCCAGAACAUGCACGAGACCAUCCUGGAAGCCAUGAAGGCCAUGAGCGAGGAUUUCCGGCUGAGGAGCAAGAGCCAGUCGUCCAGCUCCAACCCCAUCUCUGUGCCCACUAGGCGCUACCACCUGGCCAACCUCCCGCCCAGCCAGUUGGGCUUCUCCACCAGGAGGGGUGGCGCCACCUCGCCCGCCCAGCGCUGCAACUCAGCCAGGGCGCGGACCUCCAGCGACGGCAGCGGAGCCUCUUCCUCCUCCUCCUCCCGUCCUGCAUCGGCGGAUGACAUCCCGGCCAGCCCCUCCCCUGGCGCCGGGCUGGCCCCCUCCCGACAGGGGGUGACCAAGGCCCACCCGUCCCUGGGGGGCCAGUCCAGGUCUACCCCUGACCCCCCCUCCUCCCGGCGCUCCCCCUGCCCUGUGGGCCCGGCUCUCGGCCUGACCGCUGACCGUGGCUUCUCCUCCCCCUCCGCCUCCUCCUCUCCCCCAUCCUCAUCUGACGGUGAGGGGGAGUACGGCUCCAGCCCCGCCCGAUUCCCACUGGAGGGCCCGCCCCGGGACUACGUGGCGCUGUGCAGGCGGGCCCCGGUGGCUGAGGCGGGCGCCCAGCCUCGGAGGGUGCUGAGGCGGGCGUGCAGUCAGGGCGAGGAGGAGCUGGGCAAGCGGGCCUGGGCGGGCAAGGGGGGCUGGCGGACCUCCAGGACGCCCGAGCCGGCUGAGGGAGCCUGCAAGGAUGCCGUAGAUAAUGGGUACAUGGCCAUGCUGCCAGGGGUGGUGCCCAGUCAGGGUCAGGGAGGAGACUAUGUGACCAUGACCCCAAAGGGUGCCUCUGCUCCCCGGCAGAUCCUUGUCCCCCGGCCUGAAGACCACUGCGGAGGGGGUUACAUGCUCAUGUCGCCCAGCGGGAGCUGCUCCCCCGAGGACUGGUCCCAGACGGUCAGCCGCAAGUCAGGCGCGGGGGACGGAGUCAGCGACUACAUGAACAUGUCGCCUGGCAGCCGCUCAGCCUCCAGCACGCCCCCCGAGAGCCCCCGCGUCCUGCUGCCACCCCGGGCGGAGGAGGGCGAGUUGGCGGGUGCAUCCCGCUGCGGCUUCCGCUCGCUGCCCCGAUCCUACAAGCAGCCAGCGCCCGCCGGCUCCUCGGGCCAGCUCUCCUGCUCCUCUUCCUAUUCCACGGGCGGCAGCAGCGACAGCCUGGGGGAGGCGGAAGGGCGCCGCCCGUCCUCCAUGUCUCCCGCCAGCCAGCAGCCCCCCAGUCUGGGUCGGAAGGGGGGGUGCCGCCUGGCUGGUCUCUGCAUCGAUGUGGCCAAAGCGAACACUCUGCCCCGCCGCCAUGAAAGCCCGGAGCCCCAGAGCCCAGGAGAGUACGUCAGCAUCGAGUUCCGGGCUGAGACCCACAUCACCUGCACCUUGCCCAGGCCUGGCCCUGGAGCCGGCGCGUUCCCACGCCUGCCCGCACCAACCUCCGAGUACGUUAAUGUGCAACCCAGACAGGCGCCACCAGUGGAACGCGCUGUCGGCCUUUCUCCCAAAGGCGCCCCGGAGCCUGCCGGUGUGUCGGAACUGAGCCCCGACCCCCACCGAGGAGCCAGGGUGAUUCACGCCGACCCCCAGGGGAGACGACGCCACUGCUCUGAGACCUUCCUGCCCACAUGUCCCGCACCACCUCCCCCUGCGCUGUCCACCGACCAUGUGAGACGCUGUGGCUCGGCGUCCUUUGAGAAUGUCUGGCCAAUAGAAGGUGGCAGCGGUGGGAGUGCCACCGAGGAGGCAUGCAUGGGAAUGUCUCGCCACAUGUCGAUCGGCUUUGAGAAUGGCCUGAACUACAUCGAUUUGGAUCUGGGUACAGACAGCAGCCAUGUGGAACUGUCAACCUUGCAGCAGAGGCUUUACACACAAGCAAACAGCAGUCCCGUGUUAAACGCUUAUGCCAGCAUUGACUUUCACAAGUCCGAGGAAUUAAGAAGCCACAAAAUUAGCAAAGAAGAUUGCUGAUAAGAGGUACUCCUUCGCCUUCUGAAGUAUUGAGGAAAUGCUUUACAAUUGACCACCCGCCUACAACUCAUCGACUUAGGUUUACGACUGAGAAAGAAAUUCCAGUCCUUUCAAGCUACAGCCAACUCACCUCAGAAGCGGUUCCUCAGAAAUAAAUUAUUACUUUCAUUUUGCACAUAGAGAUGUUCUGCACCGUGGACAGACUCUUCAGCGCAUCCUUGGUGUGGUCCAAACUGCCGAUGAAACUUUGAGAGUUGGCUGGGAGUGAGGAGAAGCAUAAUGCCAAGCUGAUGUUCAGAGGGGCAAGUGGCCCAUCAACUGGACACAACCUGGUUUAGCCUUCUUUCUUGAUUCCUGAAUUAACUUCUCUUUGCCUGAUCGCAGGCUGACGUAGGAAUGUUGAGCGGCAAGUUGCAGAAAGAUUUGGCAUGGAAUCUACAUUUCCCAACAUCUGCUGCACUGCCAUGGCCUUGCCUGACUCAAGAACAAUGAUGUUUUGAUUGGUUUGAUGCGUUUAUUUAACAUUACUUAUUACAUCAUGGCCACACCCAGCUUAUAACGCCUUUCCUUUGAGAGGGAGCAGAUGUUAAGGCAAUCAGUUCAAACCUCCCUUCAUUUCCAUUGUCUCCCUCCCACACCCCAAAUCUGUAACCCAGUUAAGGAGAUCCAUUAGAUAUGCACAGUCAAAGUGUUGGCAUCUUUGGCGCCUUCUACAUCCGACUUUUCAGAACAAAGAUGGCCAUCUGCCUUGGCUGGACUGAGCCCAAGGCCAGUCUCAAACACCAGCUUGAACUUCACCAGCACAGUGGCUUAUCAAGCUACUGCCAUGUAGGUGUCAUAUAUCCCAUAUAUAGGUGUUGAAGUCUGAAAGUGUAAAAAGUGGCAGUGUUUUUUUUAAUGUAUUUGUGAGUUUUUCUGAACAUGUGGCAAGUUCUUGUGAUAACCAAAUAGGCCUUGAACCUUGGGUUGCCAAUUCUGGUUUUCCAUUUUCCUGGAGGUUUCAUAAGGACCUCCUGUCAUUCACCUGCCCCAUCCCCUCCUUGCAGUCUCACUAGUCUCGAGGUGGCUCCUUUCUGCACUGAUUGGACCAAGUCUUGAUUACCUAAUUGGAUGAUACUUGAUUAGAUGACAGACCAUUAUUAUCUCACUUCCCAAUAAUUUACAGUCAAUAAAUGUUCAGACAAUAAGUGAGAAAACAAAGAAUUUUGUUCAGUAGUCUACUUGUUUAAUUUCUGUUCUGCAUCUUCUGAAGAUUAAUCUUGACUCCACACUGAUUUUAGAGGGUUGUUAACCUUGUAUGAGCAUGUGUCACCAAUCCCCUGAUGUACCUGGGAGCCUACUUUGAUGUAUGUGCAAUUAAUCUACUAUUUACAAAUUGCAUUAAUGAUGAGUUCUAUACUCUAAUUAGAUUGAAACCAUAUGCCUCAGUGUGGACACCAUGGGCCUUGUUCAUUGGAGCUUGGCCACUGAUGGUUGGCCAACACAAUUCCAUUGGCUCCACCAUAACAGAAGUUUGAUCCUUUAUUUUCUGCUAUUUCUGCUUUUAGCUGUUCCUAUCUCAUGCUGUUAUUAUUUUAUUCUAUCUCGCUUACCAUCUCUAUAUGUCCUCUCUUCCUCUCACCACUUGUUUUUCUCUUAUUUCAUCCUCAUCAAUUUUCUUUCAUUCUUAUGUCUUGCCAUUCUCACAUUUUCUUUUCUCUGUUGUCCCUCUUUUAUGUACCAUUCUGGCUCCUUCCUCAUUGUUCCCUCUCUCUCGUUCGCUCCCUGUGGAUGCAGCUCCUUCUUUUGAAGCCCUGUCACCUCAGCACCCUGGUAGAAUUCACAACACAGUCAUCCCAAGUUCCUGGGACAGUCCCUAUUUUCACCUAGAUACUCCAUCCUAAUUAAUAUUCAAUCCCACACAUAUUCCAACCUGUCCACGGCCUCCUCCACUGCCAGAGUGAGGCCCAACAUAAUCUAGAAGAACAACAUUUUAUCUUCUGUCCAGGCACUUUGCAACCUUCUAGAAUAAACACUGAAUUUUCCAACAUUCAGAUGAACUGCUCUUUCAUCAUUUCCUAUUAUGAUACUCAUGUUCCUUUUCUUAAAAAUGCCUCAUUAACAGUCAGUACUCAUGCUCCUUAUCACCUGAAAUGUCUUAACCUAUCUCCAUGUGGUCUUUUGUCUUACACCUCCCUCCAGCUCUCCUUUGAAAACUGUAAAUCCUCCACUCUUUCCCCAAUUCUCUGACCUGAAAUGUCGACUGGUUUCUCUUUCCACAGAUGCUGCUUGACUGGCUGAGUUCUUCCGGCAUUUCUGGUUUUGUUUCACCCAUCCCUAGCCUACUCAAGCCCUCUCAGCUUUGUGCAAAUAUGGAAAAUGAUAAUUAACAGAAAUAUUAAUGAGGAAUUUAUAAAUACUAUGUAUAUUGUUUUAAUUAAGGUGAUUAUUUAUUAAUAAGGGUGAGGGAAGCUAGAAGCAGUCACUUUGUUUAGUCUCUUUUGGUAGCUGUGCUUAGUCUGUUCCCAGAUAUCAGCUUAUUCAUCCCUAACACACACACACUGCCCACUCAGAUACCAGUCCCUCAUUAUCUAUACACAUAACCUGUUUCAGUUUCAGUUUCAGGAACCAGCUCCUUCACCACCCAAACAUACGUCUGUACUACUCUUAGACCAAAAUCAAAGGCAGAACCUAUUCCACUCUCAGAUACCAAUUCUUGCAUCAUCCAUCACGCUUGUCCAAUUGUAAGGUAGCAUUUAUAUUAGUACCAUCUGUACCACGAUGGCAUGAACACAGUGGGCCGAAGAGCCUUUCUCUCUGCUGUAUGACUCUACAACUCCUCCAUCACUAACAUGUAGCCUGUCACACUCAGAUACUACCUCCUUUGACCCCACAUCCUCUAGGAUGCCAGCUGUUCCAUUCCUCACACAGCAUGGUCCCAUUCUCAGAUACCAACUCCAUCACCCUCUCAGCAGACUGGUUGUUGGCAUAAUUACCUCAUCUUUAUUAAGCUGGAAAGAGUGCGGAAAAGAUGCAUGAGGAUGUUACCGUUACUGGAGGGCUUGACUUAUGAGAAGAGGCUGGAUGGGCUGGGACUUUUUCCCUGGAGCGUAGGAGGCUGAGGCGUAACCUUAUGGAGGUAUGUAAAAUUAUGAGGGGCAUAGGUAAGGUAGAUGGUCGCAGUCUUCUUCCCAGGGUAGGAGAGUCUAAAACUGGAGGGCAUUGGUUUAAGGUGAGAGGGGAAAGAUUUAAAAGGGACCUGAGGGGUUCACACAGAGGGCGAUGGAUAUACGGAAGGAACUGUUAGGGGAAGUGAUAGGGGUGUCUACAACUACAAUGUUUAAAAGACAUUUAGGAUAGGUACAUAGAUAGGAAAGAUUUAGAGGGAUAUGGGCCAAACGCAGGUGGGUGGGACCAGCUCAGGUAGAUUACUUGGUCAGCAUUGAGGAGUUGGACCGAAGGGCCUGUUUCCAUGCUGUAUAAGUCUUCAACUGACCCUGCAUAUCGGACAGGUUAAUUUCUAUCUUCUUCUGGUUACUGAGCACUGGUUUAUGUGAAGCCUUUGUGAGAUGGGUCAGCCUCCAAAAGAAGAGGAAUGAGUGUAAUUGGGCGGCGUGGGCUCAUUGGGCCGGAAAAGCCUGUUACCGUGCUGUAUAAAGUUGAAAGUGUGUUAGUGAGUGGUGUGCUAACUGCUCAGAGUUUGGCAGAUGGUCCUAUGAAACUGUGCCUUCUUCACAGUUGCUUUGCAUUACACAAGAGCAGUAUGAUCGUAAUGUAUAUCUUUGGAGGGGAAAGGCUGACAUGAGCAAAGAUACCUAUGAGCAAUAGAUUACGUUAAGUGGUGUCUUUUAAUGCAUAUGGCCUCCAUAAAGAGAAACACCCAAGAUCAAUAUGUUACAGGCUGCAACUGGAAACAUGAGCUUGGUUGUCUUGACAGAUGUUUUAACCUUACCUCCAGUACCGGAGAAGCCAUAUAGCACCCUUCCACUCUUCCAAGGUUUUGAUCCCCAGGUCAAAAUCAGAAUCAUUACCAACACCUUAAAGAAAAGGUUUUAUCACAUGAUCCUCCUCACCAAUCCCCUCCCAAUAACCAAACUCCAUUCCUCCCUAUCCUUCCACCACCUGUGGCUCCACACGUCCACAUUGCAGAGCCUCAUCUUCCCAACACAUCCAUCAUUGCAGAAAUUCAGCUUUCAUUGGAUAGCGAACAGGCUACCGUCACCCCAUUCGAUGAUAGUUCACAGUCAAACUGCCAUUCUUUUGCUUAUCUUUGAUAUUUUUAUAAUCCAGAUAUUCUUGAUCAAAAUGUUGGAAUAUAAAUGUGCAUUUUUGUUAGCUUCACCCUGAGAUACUUCCCCAGGAUGUUGUAUGCAGAAGUAAUCCGGAGAUUAACCUACAAUUCUGGAGUCUUGACAGCAACCUAUCUCCCUCACACAGCCACUAAAUCACUUCAUGAAGAUGUUUUCCAAUACAAAUUCAGUGUUAGUUUCUCAAAACCCGUGCAAUUUGAAGCUUUGUUAGAACAUAGCAUAACCCCCAGUGUCUGAAUACCAUACAAUCCAAUAACCUAUCCACUGUGUUGUGAGACUGAGGAAGCAAAAAAUAAGCUUUUCUGAAGUGCCUAUCUGCAGGACACCGUCGUAUAUUUUCACAUUCUUUCACUUCAAUUCUUUCCUCAAUAUUCCAUCCUGUGAACUCUGAUGUACAAAGCAUUUAGGAUUCAUGUGGUGUGUGUGUAUUUUUUUAAAGAGGACUGCUUGCUUUUCUCUCUAACUCCAAUUUACUGUACAUAUGAUGCAUCAAUGAAGUAACUUUCUCUUGAUCCCCCCUGGAACCCAUUGAUUUUUACUGAUUGAAUGGAUUGUAAAGCAAAAUGUGCUUUCCUUUUUAUUGUACAUGUUUCUGAGUGAAAUAUAUAAUUUUUUUCUCUUCCAAUAAAUGCAUUUUAAUGUAUGGAAAGAAACAUGGAUUUAAGGCAGAUUACAUAAUGUGUCGAUGCUUGUAGCGAGAUUUCAUGUUUUCGCUCUUAAUUGAUAAUCUAGAUAUCGCUGAAGCAGAUUGACAAUAAAAGUUACCCUGUGUCA